AUGGCGAAGGCGAUGCUUGGCUUGCUGGUGCACCUGCACGCCGCGCUGCUGUUCGUGCCGGAGCCGGCCGGCGGCGCGGUGUACAACGUGGCGCGCUACGGCGCCCGCGGCGACGGCGCGGCGGACUCGACGCGGCCGUUCCUCCGCGCGUGGGCCGACGCGUGCCGCUCGCCGCGGCCGGCCACCGUGUACGUGCCGCGCGGGCGGUACCUGCUGGGGCGCGCCACGUUCGUCGGGCCGUGCAGCAGCCGCGCCGUCACGUUCUCCAUCGCCGGCACGGUGGUCGCGCCGGCCGGGUACGGCUGGGACGGCAGCGCUUCCGGGCAGUGGAUCACGUUCGAGUCCGUCGUCGGGCUCACCGUCUCCGGCGGCGGCACCCUCGACGGCCGCGGCGAGGCCCUCUGGGCCUGCAAGAAGAAGCGGCCGCGCGGCCAAUGCCCGACCGGCGCCUCGUCUCUGACGAUCUCGAACUCGAGGGACGUGGUGGUGGACGGGCUGAGGUCGGUGAGCAGCGAGCUGUUCCACGUGGUGGUGCUGCAGAGUCGCGGCGUGACGGUGCGGCGGGUGACGGUGGACGCGCCGGCGGACAGCCCGAACACCGACGGGAUCCACGUCCACAAGUCGACGGACGUGGCGGUGUACGACGCCGCCAUCCGGACCGGCGACGACUGCGUCUCCGUCGGCCCCGGCAACUCCAACCUCUGGAUCGAGCGCGUCGCCUGCGGCCCGGGCCACGGCAUCAGCAUCGGGAGCUUGGGGAAGCAGCAGGGGAUGGCGGUGGAGGCGGUGGAGAACGUUACGGUGAAGACGACGUGGUUCACCGGCACGACGAACGGCCUGCGGAUCAAGACGUGGGGGAGCUCCAAGCGGGGCUACGUCCGGGGGGUCACCUUCGCGGACGCCACCAUGUCCGCCGUCGCCAACCCCAUCAUCAUCGACCAGCACUACUGCCCCGACGGCGGCUGCGCCGCCGGCCAGAGCUCCGGCAUCAAGAUCACCGGCGUCGAGUACGCCGGCGUCCGGGGCUCGUCGUCGACGCCCGUGGCCGUCAGCUUCGACUGCAGCCGGACCAACCCGUGCAGCGGCAUCACCCUCCGGGACGUGAAGCUCACGUACCGGCAGAAGAGCCUCAAGCUCGCCGACGCCGCGUCGUCCUGCCGCUACGCGCAGGGGACGGCCUCCGGCCUCGUCGUGCCGCCGAGCUGCCUCUGA